AUGAACCCACUCCGAUCAGUAGCUUGUUCAGCGUCCUCUUCCGCGCGAACGGGGCUAAGACCUACUUUAUCUUCUUCACCUAUCGCUUUUGCCCGAUCAAGUCCUUCGGCUUCUCGAAUAAUAUUCAAGCGAGGAUUUGCAGAUGCUCCUAAACCGAAUUCUUUACAACCUGAGAUAGACAGUCAACGUAAAUUGAGAGAUCAAGCUAAUGUCGGGCCAUUCACAUGGAAAGCGGCGAGCCUAUUCAUAGCGACGGGGAUAGGAUUAUACUUCUAUUUUGAAUCUGAGAAAAAAGCAGUUUUGGAAAGACGUCAACAAGAACUAGCUUCGAAAUCAAUUGGUAAACCACAGAUUGGUGGACCGUUCAAAUUGAAUAAACAUGAUGGAGGUGAAUUCACAGAAAAAGAUCUAUUGGGUAAUUGGUCUUUGAUCUAUUUCGGUUUCACAAAUUGUCCAGAUAUUUGUCCUGAAGAAUUAGAUAAAAUGGGUGAUGCGAUUAAUAUGAUUGAUAAAAAAUCAGGUAAACAAAAUAAUCAAAAUGGUGUUUUACCUAUUUUCAUCAGUGUUGAUCCUGCAAGAGAUACCAUCCCACAAGUGAAUAAGUAUAUCCAAGAAUUCCACCCUCGUAUGGUAGGGCUAGUAGGAGAUUAUGAAGCAGUCAAGAAGACAUGUAAGAUGUACAGAGUAUAUUUCUCGACUCCGCCAGACGCAAGUGCCACAGAUGAUUAUCUUGUUGAUCAUAGUAUCUUCUUCUACUUGAUGGAUCCAUUAGGACAAUUCGUUGACGCUUUUGGUAAAGCCACUACUGCCGAACAAGUCACUGAGAAAGUGCUAGAUAGCAUGAAGAAAUGGGAUGCUGCUGGCGGGAAUGUAGCUGCGGGAGUGUAA